AUGAAUACCAACCAACCAACCAAUCCACCGAAUGCUGAAGUUAUCCUAAAACGCUUCAACAAUACAACUUCAGGGCAAGAUGAGGAUCCAGAAAAUCAGGAGGAGGAGGAGGAUUGGAGUAGCUGGAGACAGCUCCGUUGUUUAUUCGAUGCUGCUGUGAAGGAUACUACUACAGUUGAAGCCCAGAAGCUGAGCUCUUCACUCCAUUCCAUGCAGGUCCAAAUUGAGCUUCUUCACCAUGAAAAUAAGGGGCCACGUACAGUUCUUACUAUCAAGAAGAAGCACAACAACAAGAGUAUUACUAUAGCCCCUGGAGAGGAUGAGGAAUACCUUGGUGGCUUUAUGUUUGGAAGUCCUAGAAAGGUAAGGGCAGCUGAGGCGAGAGAGCGCCUGAGAAAACAACAAGAUGCGGAAGAAAAGAUUAGAAAAGCUGGGGAUAAGGAGUUGAAAGCCGCUGCUGCCUUGUAUAAAAGGAAGAUAGCAGAAGAAGCAAAAGUGUUGCGACAGUUAGCAAAGGAGGCGAGGGAGAAGGAGCGAAAACAGAGGGCUGAUGAAGUAGCUGCGCGUAGGGCCCAGAAACAACAUGAAAAGGAGGCAAAAGUCGCUGCAAAAGCAAUACAAUCGUCCCCAAGAGGCAAGAGUAGCAAAGAGGAGGACUGUUAG